AUGUCGAAGCUGAGCAGGGCGCCGAUCGGGGCCGAGAGAUUCCAAGCGUUUUUCGAAAUUCACGUCAGUGACGGUUCACCAGCCGCGUUCGGUGCAUUCCGUGGCUCGAUUCGAGCAUAUCGAACCACGUAUCGGCGAGUCGAAUGCGGUUCCGUUGACAUUUCACGUAUCGUAGACCAAUGUAGCGCGAUGUUUGUCAGAUUGACCAUCGUUAUUGCGGCGCUGUGCCUGUGGAACAGAGUCGAAAGUCAGUACAGCGACAACACACCUCCUGUAAUGUGGAUAGACCGAAAUUUGGUGCUGCUGGAUUCGGAACCUGUAGGUAGUGUGGUGACUAGGGCUCGUGCCGAGGACAAUGAACAGGAUCAGCUAACCUAUGGUCUGGAACCUCUUGGGCACAACUACAACGGAAACGAUAGUCCGCAGCCGCCGCUUCCUUUCUUCGUUGACAAUAGCACCGGCAUUAUCUACGUUAACGAAACGCUCAAAGACAAAGGAGGGCAGAACCUGUUCCUUUACGUGACCGUCUCAGACGGUCAACUCACGACAAAGACCGAGGUCUUCGUCACCAUCAAGAACACUUCAGGUCCCAAUGGAGGACACACCAGGAACCCAUUUCCGGGUCAGUAUGGCUCUGCCGGUAGAAUACGGCCGCCGCUGUUGGGCCUGCCCAGUUUACAGAGUUACCCCAGACCGGGAUUGCCUCAUAAAUCGGUGAUAUCGUCGCCGCCGGUGGCUGUACCGCCCAAUGUACCGAAAACGACCAAGCUCCAACCGGAGGAGACGAAGCAGGUCGAGGGUGAUCCUGGUCCCGGCACCACCGGCGUCCCGCAACAGCCCACGGAGGAGAACGAGGUCGAGGGGCCACCACUCAGCUCGAAAAUUGCACCUGCCGAGGCACCGCCUUCUCAAGAUAUAGCAAUCACCUUGGUGCCUGUCAUGGCCGUCUGCGUGCUCGUUGUGGGCCUUGGUAUGGGCGCCUGGUCCUUGAGGAAUAAAUUUUGCGGAAACAGGAAGUCCAAGGAAGACACGAAAGGACAAGCUUCUGUUAGCGUCUCGAAUAUAUCAGACGAUCCGUCGCUUGUUCUGAAAAGAUGGCGUGGCCCCAAAGCUCAUAACAAUCGCUACGAACCGUGGGAAAAAGAGAAUCAAGGUGCACAGAAUAAGCAAGAAGACAAAUGGGAAUUCCCGCGACAUCGAUUAAAAGUUUUCAAUAUUCUUGGAGAAGGUUGCUUCGGCCAAGUUUGGAAAUGCGAAGCCUUAGACAUCGAUGGAAAAUCUGGGGCAACUAUCGUUGCUGUGAAAACUUUAAAAGAAAACGCCACUGAAAGAGAACGUCUGGAUCUUGCACAAGAGCUACGAGUCAUGAAAAAUUUGGACCCUCAUCCUAACGUAGUUAGGCUGUUGGGCUGCUGUACGGAACGUGAACCUAUGUUCGUAAUUUUAGAGUAUGUAAGCGGAGGAAAGUUGCAGAGCUUCCUCAGAGCCUCUAGAGAAGAAAGAAAUCAUGGAGGACCUGGAUUAACAUCCAGGGAUUUAACAGGAUUUGUUUAUCAGAUUGCUAAGGGUAUGGAGUACUUGGCUUCCAAGGGAAUUAUACAUAGAGAUCUAGCUGCGAGGAACAUAUUGAUCGACGAGAAUCGCGCGUGCAAAGUCGCGGACUUCGGAUUCGCUCGAGACGUGGCCGCUAAUCAAAUAUACGAAAGGAAGUCCGAAGGUCGGCUGCCUAUAAGAUGGAUGGCUCCGGAGAGCUUGUACGACAAUAUCUUUUCCGUGAAAUCGGAUAUAUGGAGUUUCGGGGUAUUAAUAUGGGAAAUUGUGACGUUGGGAUCCACGCCUUAUCCCGGCUUAGCCGCCGCGGAGGUAAUGAGGCGAAUCAAAGAGGGGUACAGGCUAGACAGGCCGGAACACUGUAAGAGGGAGCUUUAUAACAUUAUGUAUUACUGUUGGGACAAAGAUCCUGCAUGUAGGCCAUCCUUUGGGGAACUCGUCAGUCUAACAGAAGGCCUUUUACUCGACGAAACCGAUUACAUCGAAUUAGAUAGGUUUCCGGAUCACUCGUAUUACAAUGUGCUCAAUCUCAGCGGGGAGAAAUUGUAA